UUUCCGCGUGUUUAAAACAUAGCGGGACUUUUUACAUUACAUAGAAUCUUGUAUUUUGACCAACUGCUCGUGACUCUUUGAAAAAUGCCUUAUUGCGAGUUAGGAACUUGCCCGUACGACAAAUCCCACCGCAUCAUGAUCUUCCGGAUGCCCAAGCACAUCGUCAAGUGCGCGAAGAACUACCGUGGGCCGCCGCUGCAGAUCUGCAAGUACAACGCCACGCACCGCGUUCUCGACAUGGAGGAGCACCUGAAGGAGUGCGACUACUAUCUUCGCAGCAUCGAGAACCAGGCCGUGCAGAUGGCGCUCAGUAGUCGCAUUCCGCCCGUUCAGGAAAAUGGACAUGAUGUGGACACACCACUUUAGGCUAGAACAUUCACACACCAAAAAUCUUAUUUGUAUUCCAUAUAGUUAUACAUAUAUGAACCAUAAAUUGCUUCUUGAAGAAGCACUUGGAGUAAUGUGUAAACACAUCAUUCGUUUAAUUGCAUUUAUGUUAUGAAUAAAAUCUACAAUUUGCGUUGAGAAUCUUAAA